UGUCGCUGUCACAACCAACAGUUUGACGUAGAGUCAGACACGUCUGUGUUGAUUUUAUUUUUUAUACAAGAAUGUCAGUUAAAGAUCUGACGAAAAUCGACGAAGAAGAAGGAAAGCAACUGAAACUGACUGGGGAUAAGAUUAACUUGGCAAUCCGUCCGACAAAUAGUACGUCAACGGCAAGCUCGCGAUGUGCUCUGCUUGGAAGCUGCGGACUCUCGUCCAAUCGCCCUCUGUCUGCGGUUCCAUUAUUGGACUUCUACAGACUGAAGGAAGAGUGCGAUCCUGAUCAGUCUCACAUAAAAAGACCGUAUUCAGCAGGACAAACAGUUAUUCAGAAAGGGAUUUCUGAAAAAAAUCAAUCGUCAAUACCGCAAAGGGAUUUGUACAGAAGAAUAGAUUGCUCGAGCUUAGAAAGCAUAGAAGACAUCAGUAAAGAUUUACCGUCGUCGGCAAUUUUAAGCCACUUGCUGACAGAACCCAUAACUACUUUGGAAAAACAGAAGCUUUCAAAACAUAACAGAAAACACCACAAAAUUGACACAAUAUCUAAUCACAGCGAAGAUUCAAAUACGUUAUCUGAGAUAAGUUCUACCGACACUUUAGAUGCCAAAAUAAAAAAACUCAUUGAAGAUUCUAAAAAGUGCAAAGAAAUCCAAAAAGAAGUCGAAGAUAUGAUAAACAGUUCCAAAGAACAGAAUCUUCAAGAGCCGAAUCACAAACUGAACGAAACACAAGAAGAAACAUGUAUAACCACUGAAAAUGAAAGAGUUGAAACUUCUUUAGAAGAAUGUAGAAAGGGAUUUACCGAGGUCUUCCAAAUCCAAACUGAGAAGAACGAGGCAAUUACUAAGGAUACUUCCUGUGGUGAUAACGAAACCACUUCUCAUUUUUUUAACAAUUCUCGUUGUGACAAUUACACCACCCUAGAAAACAAUUGCAAACUAGCCUUAACUCCUGGGCUGAAGUCGAAGCCUCCGCUUCCUAAGAAAUCACAAAUUCCCAAAAUAGUAAUUGAACCAUGUGAACCACCUUUUCAGUACAACAGCAGCAAAAAUUUUACCGUUCAACAGCUAACUAACUUCAUAGUAGGUGUAGAUAAAAAUUAUACCGAAGAAUCAGUUGGGCCAACAACAGGAAAUAGCUUAAACGAAAUUGCUGGAAAAGGCGACGGAGAAUUCUUAAGUAAUUCGGAAGAUGGUUCGUCAAUUUCUUUGCAGAAUAUUUCAUAUAAUGAGAGCGAUUAUCAAAACGUGAUUAUGACUGCCAAUAAUCUGUUAGAUAUCGGACACAAUGAAGGGAGCGUGAAGACUAACGAAUCUACAGAAAAUACUUUUGCAAAAUCCAUAACCUCUAAUGGAAAUCCAGUCGAUUUGAAAGUACAAAAUUGGAUAGAAAGUGAACCUGAAGAACAAAUAGCGAACAAUGCUGCUUUUGAUGAAAUUCAAACUGAUAAGUCGUUACAAGAUCUCAGGGAACAACAGAUUAAAAAUAUAGACCAACAAGGAGACACUAGUGAUAAUAACUGUCAAAUACUAGGUGACAAGCCAAACAAGAAGUCCAGUAGAAAAAAAGACGCAAAGGAAAAUAAUAAUCGCAAGUAUAAAAUACAAGAUUUUCGUAAAAUAAAAAGGACCAACAAUGAAUCUAAAGAAAUAAUAAGCAGCUUGGAUAAAAUGUUCGGAAGUGGGGAUGGGGUUAACACAAACGUGGAAAGCGAGUUUCUUGAACUGUAUUUAAGAAGUCAAGGCGAAACUAUCAGAACGAAAAAUUCUAAAAAGAAGUCAAAAAAUUCAACAACUGCUAGUAUCAAGAAUGGUAAAACAAAAUCAAAGACCAUUUCAAAAAAUGCCCAAAAAUCCAUAGAAGAUCUAGCGAGUAACCGUUCUGAUGUCGAAUCUUGGAUGUCAUGCAAUCGAGAAUCUAAGCUGGACAUUUUUGAUAAGGAGAAAACUUUGAAUCACAAAAAAGGGUCAAAUUUCACGGAUUUUUUAGAUAAUAUUAAUGAAAUUGAAAUGACCACCAUUCCUAUAAGUAAUCGAAUUAUGGAUUGUAAUACAGGAAGCAAGCCUUCGGUCAACGACGGAGGAGAUGAUCCGUACGAUGAAAUUGUAUCGGUGUUGAAAACUUUGGAGGAUGUGGACAAGAAGUCUCAUGAAAGCAUGGAAUGCAUGAAAGGAAUAGCAGAGAGGGCAGUUCGUCUUCCAUCAAAAGAAAAUGCGGCUCGUAACAACGAAAACGGCGAAAGGGAAAGGCCGGACGGGGAAAGAAAAAUUCCGUGUUCGUCAAACGCGUGCCAAGGAAACUAUUCCGAUGGGAAUAACGACAACACCAAGCUGACUGGCAUCGCGAGCGAGCGAAAUAAUGAAGAUAUUUUCUCGAGUUCCAACAGGCAGGCCGAUAAAUCUUCAAUUAAUCUUAAAGAAAUAAUGUCCUAUUUGGAUGAGGUAGAUAAAAAUUAUAGUAAAUCUAUAAAUUCCGCAAAGGAGGGUGCCGAAAUUGCUACAGUGCUGAUUGAAUCUACACUCCAACUAGAUAAUAUACCCAAAACAGACGACUUAAUUCUCUUGGCACCUUCUGAUCUGGCUCGUCAAGUAGUCGACUUGCACAUUCGUCUGAAAGACAAAUCAUCAUCUAUUGCUCUCCUUCAACGAGAGCUAUCGAUUUUAAGAGAACAGGUCACGAAGAUGACCAGACAAACUGACGAAAUUGUGAAACAAAAGCUCAAGAGUCAGAAGGAAGAAUACGAAGCCGUUGUGAAAAGACAUCAGAAGUUCAUCGAUCAGCUAAUUGCCGAUAAAAAAACGCUCAAUCAGCAGUGCGAAAGUUUGAUACACGAAAUGAAAGUUCUUGAAGAGAGAUUCAAUUGCAACAUGAGAGCAGUCGAUCAUAGGCACAGGGUUGAAUUACAAAAAGUGAAAGACAUGCAAAAAGCGGAUGAGAAAAUUAGAAGGGAGAAAUGGAUGGACAAUAAAACUCAAAAAAUUAAGGAAUUAACGGUGAAAAGUCUGGAACCUGAAUUGGAAAAGAUGGCUGCUAGACAUCAACGGGAAUUGUCAGAGUUGCGUGCCUUACAUAAGAACGAAAUCGAGGACAUGGAAUUGAGACAUUCCCGAAAGAUGCAACAACAAAUGGAGACGCUAAGGGAGCAACUUACCGAAGCGAGAGAAAAGGCAAUAAUUCACGAGAGAGAAGUGAUGAGGCAAAGAUACGAGCACUUGGUCGAGACGGAAGAAAAAAACUAUCAGGAGCAGAGGCGGAAGUUGAUGGCCGAACAUGCGAAGAGACAGGCCGAGUGCGAGGAAAGAGAGAAUACAGCGUACGCCGAGAGAGACAGGGCGAUAAGACAAGCUCAGAUGGAUUUCGAAGAAAAAUUGCAAGCGAUGGCUAGGCGACACAGCAACGAAAUCAGCGUUCUAAAAGAAAAAAUGGAAAUCGACAUCGACAUAUUUAGAAAUAAUUACAAAAAACAACAAGAGCUAAUUUUAGCUGAAAGAGAAAUGGCCAUUAGAGAAAAAUGUAGAAAAGAAAGAGACAAAGAGAUAGAAGCUGUAAUUGAAAGAUUAGAACAAGAGGCUAGCGAAUCUCAAAACCAAAUGGAACAAACUACGGAAAACCGUAUACGGAGACUACGGGAGAAGUACGAAAAUGAAAUCAAAGAAGUGGAAGCGUCGGAAAGAGAAGCGAAGAUCAAAUAUACGGAAACGAAAACGAAGUUAGCGGAGGCGGAAGACGUUGCUGUUAACCUAAAAGCAUCUAUUAAGCAACUAGAAAUGCAGUUACAGGAGGCUAAGGAAUUUUCUGAUAAAUUGCUCAACGAGAGAAACAAAAUGAAGGAAAUUGUCCGAGAAGAAAUGAAUGUUCAGAUGGAGAAGUUGGAGAAAGAGUUGCACAAUUUAAAAAACGACAAGGAAAAGGAACUACAGCAAGUCUAUUCCAGGGUGAGGAUUGCCGUUGCGAGAAAGGAUGAUAUAUUGCAAGAACUGAGCAGGGAUCACGUUGCUCUGCAAGAGAAAUGCGCUUACUUAGAAAAUAUGUUGGAGCAGCAACGCAAAGAAUACCUUAUCAAAUAAGGUAAGUGGCUGAAGUAUUUGACAAAACAUUGAAUAAUCUAGCCGCAAGAAAAAGUCUUCUUCCUCUUACACAAGCAGUA